AUGGCCCAGUUCAGCGACAAGCCCAACUCGGUGCUCUAUGCCCUCUUCAGCUUUCGCAAGACCACCUUCAGUCUCAUAGCAAUCCUCACCUACACUGUUAUCGUUAUCUUGGUUUCCUACUCAUCAGCCCUAGGCUCCUGGGGCAGCAGUGCCAACAACCAGCAAUGGGAUGGAGACUCCUGGAACGACUUGCAAAUCCUUUCCCAGUUCCCUCAUCCCUACGACUCCCAUGCCAACGACGACGUCUACCACUUUCUUCUCGACAAAGUUCGCUACUACCAGUCGUUGAAUCCGGACCAUAUACAGGUCGAGAGCGACUUUGCCAAUUCGAGCUUGUUCAAACAAAAGGACGUCUUCAACAGCUCUUCCACCACUGCCAGAAUCAUCUACUUUGAGAGUGGAAACAUAUAUGUCAAGAUCAAAGGCCUGCAGGGCGAUUCCUUGACUGACGUUUUGAUAAGUGCUCAUUACGACAGUGUCCCCACCAGCUAUGGAACCACCGAUGAUGGAAUGGGCAUUGCUUCAAUGCUAGGAAUACUCAAUUACUAUGCCACUUUUAAAAUCAAACCACUCAGAAACAUCAUUUUCAACUUUAACAAUAAUGAAGAAUUCGGCUUGUUGGGUGCAACUGCCUUUUUUAACCACCAAUGGUCCAAAAAUGUCGAGGCCUUUAUCAAUCUUGAAGGAACCGGUGGAGGUGGUAAGUCAAUCCUAUUCAGAACCACAGACUACAACAUUGCCAGAUACUAUAAAUCUGUUCCUUCUCCAUUUGCCUCCUCUGUCUUCCAGCAAGGUUUCAGCAAUGGCUUGGUUAAAAGCGAAACAGAUUACAAAGUUUAUAUCCAAAACGGUUUGAGAGGUUUUGAUAUUGCCUUUUAUCGGCCAAGAGACUUGUACCAUACCAAAAGAGACUCCAUUAAAUCAACAACAAAAAGCUCCCUAUACCACAUGCUUUUCAAUUCUUUAACUUUGUUGCAAAGUUUGUCCAAUGAAAAAAACUCCUAUGAUAACGAUUCUCCUGAUUAUCACAAAACUCCUGCUGUCUUUUUCGAUCUAGCUGCCUUCUUUUUCAUUGUAUUUCCCUUGACUCAAUUGUAUAUUUUAAAUCUCGUUUUAAUUUUUUUCAUCCCCACCAUAAUUGGCUUGUUUUUAUUAAUCGUUUCUCGAAAAAAUACCUGGGUUAUCAAAGACCAACUAUUUUCUUCCAUAAUAAGAUUCCCUCUUUCCUUCAUCUUAUCCUCAAUAACAACUUAUUUUCUAUUGUUUCUCCUUAAACGUUAUAAUCCCUUAAUCAUCUCCAAAGAUUACUAUUUGCCUCUACUAGUCUCAACAUGCACUUUUAUCUUUAUCAACUAUCUGCUAUUGUACCUUUUUGAUAAAUUUCUGAAAGUCCACGACCAAAAACUAAUGAUUCUACUAGAAUUAACUAUAAUCACUUGGUUAUUGCUCAUAUUUGACACUUUUAGAAUCCAACCAUCAAAAUCAAAAAAUACUGGCGAAUAUAUCCUGACAAUAUGCUUCCUUUGUCUCUCAGUUCCAACUAUUUUUGGUUUAUUCAUUCUUUCUCUUAAAAAGAAAAUCCCAAAAUCCUACAAAAACUCUUCUUCCUCCUCUCCCCAAUAUGGCUCAACUCAUGAUGAUGACGACGAUGACGAUGAUCAGAAUAGAAAUAUUAAUGACUCUGAUAAUGAAAUCAUCGAUAGAGAAUCUCAACCACUAUUAUCCAAUAGAGACCAAAACCAAGGAAAUAGCACUUUAAGCCAUUUUACAGCAGUUUCCCACAACAACGAACAAUCGCCAUCACCAUCACCAUCAAAUCAUAAGAUAUUCUCAACUUUAAACUACGAUUGGUCAAUUCAGUUUUUAUUGCUAGUCCCUGUUUUUGCCUUCUUUGUUUAUUCAAUCAGUAUAAGACUACUAGAAGGCUUAAGCCAAACUGUUCAAGAAAGCGACAAUUCAGUGGCUUUCCUAUUCCAAGCCAUCUUUAUGAUUUCAGCUUUAUUAACUCUUCCAUUAUUACCAUUUGUUCAUAAAAUCAAAUUUUUUAUCAUUGGCAUAUUUUUUGUAAUAAUUGUAUUAGGAAACUUAUUCCUAAUCAAUGAAUAUCCCUUUAGUUAUGCAAAACCCUUGAAGGUCCGCUUCUUACAAAAAAUCAAUUUGGAUACAACUGAAAAGAAUUCCAAUAUAGUCAUAUUUAGUAAACAAGGUUUUAUGAAAAGUAUAUUGGAGGAUUUGCCAUCAGUAAAAGCUAAUAAUCAAAAUGUAUCAUGCGAAAAUGCUGGAGAUGGAAUGGAAAAUUGCUAUUACAAAGGAUUAAGCCCAAAUUUAAUAUCUGGCACUCAAAAAAGCACAGCUCUUGAUGAUUUAUUUAAAAUUGAAAUUUUGAACAACAAUAGCGGAGAACAAAACUUAUCACCAUAUGAACCAUUAAAGGCAGAUUUAUUGAUAAAAGUUAAAGAUAAUAGAAACUGUGUUUUGUCAUUCAAUUCCACAAAAUAUAAGAGCUAUUUGUAUGGAAAAUCCCCCUUGAGAACAGUAAAGAUUUUCCAUGAUAAUAACCAGUAUCAAAAUAAUUCUGCUCUAACCUACAUGUAUAACGGAAACGAGUUGUUCAGAUGGUUCAAGGGCAUCGACGAGGUUCAAUUGCAUAAAGUUGACUGGAAUCAAAGCAACUACCAUAUCGAGUUGCAGUGGCUUCCUAGGUGGGUGGACGAGGAUGGCAUCGACUGGAAUCAAGACGAAUUGGACAAGGAAAAGGACAAGAAGCUCGGUGUCGAGGUGAAAUGCUACUGGGGAGAAUACGAUCAGCCUUCAGUUAUCGAUGGCAAAGUGCAUCGAAAGGUGCCAGCCUUGGACGAAUUACUUCAGUAUGUCCCAGACUAUAUCACUAUCACCAACAGAAUGAAGGGGUUGGUGGAGUUGACCAGACACUUUGAACUCUGA